AUGGAAAGCAAGUCAGAUGCGCUGUGUCGGGUGUGUGGCGACAAAGCGUCGGGUAAACACUACGGAGUGCCCUCCUGCGACGGCUGCCGAGGAUUCUUCAAGCGAAGCAUCCGACGGAACUUGGAUUACGUGUGCAAGGAAAAUGGACAGUGCGUUGUUGAUGUCAGCAGACGAAAUCAGUGUCAGGCUUGUCGCUUUUCAAAAUGUCUACGCGUCAAUAUGAAAAAGGACGCGGUUCAACACGAACGUGCCCCCAGACCAGCAGUGAACCAACAUCAGCUCGCUUUACAGAAACUAAGCUACAAUUUAUCAAGACAGCCUCCUUUUUUCCCCAGUCAUACCCCUGUCACCAUACCAACUUUCACUCCCUACGCCUAUAACACACUUCUCGAAAGAAAUCAUAAUCUGUUUCUAGAAAAUCCUUCCUUUCAAAACUUCCCAAGAGUUCCUGAUUCAAUGGAUAUCCAGAACCUAAGGCCUACGCUCAACAAUCCAAACCCACUUCACCCUCUCAAUCCUUUUAAAAUUCCCCUUUUCACAAAUCCAAUGCACUACUCCGUACCGCAUCCCGGAUAUUUACCUUCAAAUAUUUUCUACCCUCCGAUAUUGCCCGCAGAAAGUAAUCAAACACUGUGUAUGGAUUCACAAAAGACAUUUUCAAAUAGUCUUCAUUCACCUAAAUACAAUGCGUCGUUUCACAGUAAUGUAUCAGAGAAACCAGACUCACAGCUCUCCGAUAAAAUUAAAGAAGACGAAGUGUCUAGUUCUGAAGAAGCUUGCAAGAUGGACAGCAACAACGAAGGAUCUAAUGAAGGUUUCCAUGGAAACACUGCAAGUUUUGAUCUACCGUUACAUUACGUGAGGAGAAAUUCCGCCAAAAACGAUUCUAUGUCGAAUAUUGAUAAAGACGAAAUCAUAUUCAUUGAACAAGGAAAAAUAUUCGAAACGGUCAAACAAACGGAACCAACCAGAAAGACCGGCGACGAAUAUGCAGAGCGCAAAAUAAAAUUUCAAAAUCCCAUGCUCAUGGAUAUAGAAUUGUACGAUCCAGCUGCAAAAUUGUUAGUUGCUACGGUGAAAUGGUUGCACAGCGUGGCAUCGUUUGAACAGAUAUCCCAAAGCGAACAGACAUCUUUGCUUCAGAGUAAUUGGAAGGAGCUAUUUAUUUUACACGCGGCGCAAUAUUCAUACUACUUCGACCAAGAUCACAUUUCAUCCGUUAUCACUUCGAAGCGGCAAAAUAUCAAAGACGAACUCAGAAAGUUGGCAGCUCUUCAGAAGAGAAUUGGACAGAGUCGAUUAGAUAAAACUGAGUUCGACUGUUUGAAAACGGCAUUGUUAUUUCGAACAGAUUCGCUAGACAUAACAUCUUCACAAAUGGAAAUGUCCCAGGAGAAGAUAUUAAUACAGCUACAGAGGCAUUGUGCUGGGAAAGACUCUUCGCGGUUCGGCAGACUCAUGUUGUUGCUAGCGAGCGUGUGCUGCGUCGCCAACUGCGGCUUCCUGGAACACCUUCUAUUUUCCACAUCUUCCGUGGACGAUAUAAAUGCAAUACUCAGUCGACUACUCGUUUAUACUACUGCAUGAUUUGUAUUAAAAAUAUAUAAUUUAUGUGAAACGCAAAUAUGAUCAUACAUAUCGAUAUAAAACGUAGUGUGUUGUAAGUACUGCUUGAAGAAUUAUUUCUUUAUCUCCUUCCUGUUUAGAAGGUUUGGAGCUUAUGCAGCAGCAGGUGUUUUUGCUAGAAUUUUGUCAGACAUGCAGUCUUUCUGACGACGUUUUUUUUUUUCUGGCGAACACGAAAUUAUUAAUACAAACAUACAAGCUCGGGAACAUGAAAGCUCGUUGUGUUCUUUUUUCGUUCGUUCUAUCCGUGGCACAAUCUCGGCUCCGGCUGAGUGUGGAGUGUUUCAAAUUCAUGUGA